UGCCACACAUAACGGUUCAUGUUUGUUUUUACGACGACGCACACACACAUACACCGACCAAAGAGGCAGCGGCAACAACAACAGAGGUCUUCGUUCGGAUCCCCCGAAAUAUCAAAACCCGCACCAACAACCCACCAACGAAGCCGACGAACCACUGGCGAUGCAAUUGAAAGCGCCCAAGAGCAGAAAUAUGGCCAGUCUUAAAGAUGAAGAGCAGGCGGCAACUACGAGCAACUCGACGCACAAUCUCAACAACAACAACAAUACGCACAACAUAAACAAUAACCACAGCAGCAGUAGCAGUAGCAACAACAAUAAAAACAAAAACGACGAUGAUCCAAAGGUUAGGAAGGAGAAUUUGGAGGCCAGGAAACAGGCUUUGGAGCAGCGUCUCAGCGAAAAGAGCUGGCUGCUGCAGCAAAUCCAGAAACAGGAGACAGCCAUCAUCAAUGGCAACUACGAGCACAUGACAGUCAAUGAGUUUUUUGUCCAAUUAGCACAACAGUACAAACAUGAACAGCAGCUUCAAGCUUUGGCCAGGGAAAACAGCUCAAUUCUGAGGAGAAAACAAAGUACAACGAGUCGGGAAAGCCGCGAAAGCCAGAUGACCAACAACAAUAACAAUCGACAGUCGGAAACGCUAUCGAAUCGAAGCUCAGAAUAUGACAAUUACCAACCCUCCUCAUCGGCGGGGGCGGGCGAUAUGCUGGUGAUAGGCGUGGCCCAGCAGCAGGCGCAACAGCAACCGCCUCUGGUGAAGAGUGCCCUAAAGAAGCGACCCACUCCCACGCCAAGUCAAAUGCAAUAUAUGCGCCAGCAGCAUCAGCAACAAGCUCAUUUAGCGAUGAACAUGAACUACCAGAGAUCACAGCCGGAUGUCAUAUCCAUGUACUCUGCAAAUUCAUCCAAUGUGGCAACUUUAAGACAACCGCCACAAGCGGCUCCCCAACAGCAACCAAUUAUAGUGCAGUGUGAUAAAUACUACUUAUCGCCCACACAUCAAAAUUACAAUGAGGGCGGCUUUAUCAAAUCAAGUCAGAACAUCAAGAAAUAUGUGUCCCCAAUGCCAUCGCCCAGUAAUAUCAGUUACGAGCAGCAGCAACAGCGUAAUCCCUUACAUCACCAGCGACAACUAGAUGCGAUAUCCCUGGCACCCAGCUACGUUUCCGUGGACAUGGAAGCUGCCCAGCAUCAGCAGCAAUAUCGCUGGCGUUCUCAGUCACACAUAGCACCACUAACACCUCCACAAUUGGGUAUAAUUGAGGUGAAAUCGCACUCCAGCGAUAUGCUGGCGGUGCCUAUGCCACCCAGCCGCUUUCCGCCGCACGAUGAGAUCUCACUGUCAUCCUCGUCCACGACCAUUGAAAAGAAGCCCAAGCCCAAGCAGUGGCUGGAAUCUUCGCUAGAUGGGCCAGCUGUUAUCAGGCACAUGGAUUCACAGCCGCACAGUCCAGCUGGGAGUAGUAAUGGAAGUAGUAAUCCCGGCGCAGCUGCCAUGGUCUCGACUAAACCCCGCGCCAAGCUCUCCUCGCAGUCCAUGUCGGUGGCGGGUCGUCACUAUUCCAUGUCCAACCAGCGGCCGACACCAAACUAUCCCAGUGCCAGCUAUGCGGUGAAUACCAGUUCGAAAGCCCUGCUGAGUCAAUCGACAUCGUACCUCAAUGCCAUGGAGCAAACUUUGGGGAUAUCGGUGUCGUAUCCGCUGGAACCUCUCGACAUACCAGCACUGCGUAACCUACCACCUAAGCCAAGUCAAAUGCAGCAGCCAACGCCGCCGCCCAGACCUCCACCUGCAAAUCAGGCUCAUACUCAGAACCAGAACCUAAGUCACAGUGGCAAUGGCAGCACAAGCGGACUGGCUCAUGGCAGUGCUGUACAAACGGCGCUGGUGUCACCGCCAUUAACCGUGGCCGCAGCCAGUUUAUCGCCGGAUAUUCGCAUCGAGUCGCCCAAAAACAUGACCGUUGUGCAGCAGGCCACUUUCCAGCCGUACAAGGAGGUGACGAAACCCUUUGAAAUGUCCGAUUUCUACAAAUACUCCACCAAGUUUAAGCAAAAGGAGGGCGGAAAUCCCAAUUGACCUAUAAGGUUAUACGGAAUUCGCAUCCACUUUCACCUUUUAAUGUGAUUAACUAAACUAAUUUUGUAGCACUGCGACAAAGCAAAACUACAAAGCAAAAUCAGCUCGAAUUAUUGGACGCCUUUCGAAUUUUAAGUUCGUUAGCCAAAUUAUUUAGGAUCAAUAACAAUGCUCAAAAGAUCUGCCAAACUGGAAACUGACGUAUUGAAAGCAAUUUAUCGAACGACAUUCAAAUUUUGUAUUGAAUUUAUAAAGUACAAAAAACACACGACAAUAUUAUCCCCGAGGGGGACAGAAAUUGCCUUACAACAGGAUGCCUAGAAAAUAUGGAAAUAUUUAUAGAGUUAAAAGCAUUCAUAAAAAAAUAACUGACUAGCAAUUGUUAAUAAGUGUAUAAAGGACUAUAUUUACACUAAUCGAAUGAUAUUUUUAUGUGAAUAUACAGAUUGGAUACUGGUAUAUUCACCGAAUUCUUUAAGACUAACUACCGACAAGCAAUAACAAAUAGAUAAAAUAAAUAUUUUAUAUUAAAAUAUACGUAAAUUUGUUCUUAUUCAUUUCAGAGCAUUCAAAUGUUUCAUUGA